AUGAGAGGGUUUUCACUUCUUUGUGGGUUCAAGAUGGACGGUGUCUCCGGGGUAACCCAGUGCCCGCAACAACCUGGCACUACAUUCACCUAUCAAUUUUCUGUCACUGGCCAGUUUGGGACUUUUUGGUAUCACGCGCACUAUGGUGCCUUAUUGGCUGAUGGUAUUUCUGGCCCACUAAUCAUUCACAGUCCACGAGACCCUCUUGUUCGAGGUCGAGAUUUCGAUACCGACCAAAUCAUCUUCAUGAACGAUUGGUACCACGAUCCAAGCACCACCAUCGCGCGUAAACUUUUAUCAACUGAGGGUUAUAAUGGAACUCUAGCAGCUCCAUCUCCGAAUAGUGCCUUGUUGAAUGGAAUUGGGUUUUUCAACUGCGAGAAGCACGCCAAUGGAGAUCCAUGUCAAACCAACUUCAACCCACUAGAGAUCCAAGUACCUCCAAAUCAAAGGUCUAGGCUCCGAUUGAUUCAAGCUGGCUCUCACGCUUUGUUCAAGGUUUCUGUUGAUGGGCACCCAUUGGAAGUUAUUGAAGCAGACGCUACUCCUGUCCAAAGUUCUGAACUUUUUCAUAGAAUUCCUUUGCACAAUGCGGAAAGGUAUAGUGUGAUAUUGGACACUCGGUCAGACGUGGAAGGAGACUCUUUCUAUCUUAGGGCCGCAAUGGACACCGAUUGUUAUUUGUACGCACCACAUGAUUCUGACCAUCUCACAGUUGCUCCCGGCAUGGACACCGCCGAAGGAAACACGGCGUUGGCCGUGGUCCGUGUUUCUUCCAACCCUCUAGCAAAUGGAAACAUUCGGGCCAGAAUACCAGUUCCAAACACCCAGGAUUGGCAAGAUGACGUGGAUGGCCCAUGUAUAGACUUGGACCAAACCAAACUUGCUCCAAGAAUCAAUCCUAACUUGAAUUCCAAUUCACUAGGAAGAGUCUACUUUAACACAAGCUUUGGUACCAUUAUUGAUCCAUCAAAGAAAGGACCAAAGAAAGUACUGGGAAGAUUUUUUGUUGACAACACAACAUGGAUUCCCCGAGAAUCAGAGCCUCUUCUUCCUCAACUUCUCAGUGGUGGAAGUGGGGCUUUGAACUUCUCUGAGGUCGCAACACAGAAUAUUUCGCAGCCUGGUAUUUGGGAUGUUGUAGUAAACAACUUGGACCAGGCAGUUGACCAUCCUAUUCAUCUCCACGGUGUUGAUACAUGUGUUGUUGCCUCCGGAAACGGGACCUUGACUGAAGCGAAUGCACAAACUGCUCAAUACCAACUUAACAAUCCACUUUGUCGCGAUGUACACGUAGUACCUGGGGGAAGCUAUAUCGUCAUGCGAAUAAAGGCUGAAAACCCCGGGGUAUGGAUCAUUCAUUGCCAUAUUGACUGGCAUUUGGCUGCCGGCUUCGCAGGAAUGCUAGUGAUGCAGCCUGACGUCUUGAAGCAAACAGUCUUACCACAAGCAAACCAAGGUCUCUGUCCAAAACUUGGGAGUAAUUGA